CUACUCACUUGUUCCACUUCUAUGUAUCAAAGCCGCUCAUGUUUCUAUUCAGAGUAAAAGGAGCCAAGACAAGAGAUCCGUAUGAGAGAAAGUCCAAAAACCAAAGGAAAGUGUUGAGAACGCUUCAAAGUCAUACAGUGUGUGUGGUUUUGGUCAGGAUGCGUCCGGCUCUGUUCCUCUGUCCCGUCCUGAUCUCUCUGUUAUUCCUUCUGUCUGGACUGACCGUCAUCGACGGCUGUAACAAAGCUCUGUGUGCCAGUGAUGUCAGCAAAUGUCUUCUACAGGGUCUUUGUCAGUGCCGGCCGACGGAGGGGAACUGUUCGUGCUGUAAAGAGUGUAUGCUGUGUUUGAGCUCUCUCUGGGAGGAGUGUUGCGACUGUGUCGGAAUGUGUAACCCAAGGUCUUAUAAUGACAGUCCCGCCACCUCCAAGAGCACCGUAGAAGAGCUGUACCAACCAAUCCCGUCGCUGUUCCGCGCUCUGACCGAAGGCGACGAACCCAUUAACUGGAGGGUCGUGUCGUUUCCCGUUUCUGGGGAGCUUUCCCAUCACGAGAGCCUUGUGUCUUUCCUGGCGACACUCGACAGCCAGAGUCACAACAUCUCACUGCCCAGCAGCAGCAGCAGUACUGUCCAUGAUGAUGCCUUGUGUACGGUGGUCUACUUUGAUGAGUGUGUGUCCAUUCGUCAGUGUAAGCUGUACUGCGAGGCGAUGGGCGGAUCAAAGUACCGCUGGUUUCAUAACGCCUGCUGUGAGUGCAUCGGGCCUGAGUGUCUGGACUAUGGCAGUAAAACCGUCAAAUGCACGCGCUGCCUCUGAGACUCGCGCUACACUUUAACUUGUGUUUUAUUGUAUAAAACACUUCUGAUGAUUUCUGUUCUUGUUUACAGAUUGUGUUUCUUAAGCUUCAAAUGGGCCAAAAGGUUUUUUAUUAUUAUUACUAUUAGCAGCAUGUUGGGGUCGUUUCUCAUUCAAAUCAUAUUCCAUCUGUAUAUAGUUCUUAUUUCAUAUUCAUAUUUCUGGUUUGACUAUUAAAAACCAAAGAAACUGUUGAGUUUGA